AUGGCCGCCGCCGCCGCUGCUGCAGCCGCCGUCGCCGCCGGAGUCGCCGGACCCAUCUCCGCCGGGAAGGUAGGGGCCGACCCAUCUCUCUCCCCUUCGCCGUCGCCCUCUCCUUCCUCCUCCAAAUCGCCCGCCGCAGAUUCCAGCCCCGGCAGCGAGCUCGAGCCCUCGAGCCCUAAUUCCGACCCCUGCGACUCCAAGAACGUCGGAGCCCCUCCCCCGGGGAGGAAGAUCUCCGCCGCCCGGCGCCUCCCGCCGCCGUGCUGGACGCAGGAGGAGACGGGCGCCCUGAUCCAGGCGUACCGGCAGAAAUGGUACGCCCUCCGGAGGGGGAAUCUGAGAGCUCCGCACUGGGAGGAGGUCGCCGACGCGGUGGCCUCCCGGUGCCGCCAUCUCUACGCCGCCGCCGGCAGCCCCAAGACGGCGGUGCAGUGCCGCCACAAGAUGGAGAAGCUCCGGAAGAGGUACCGAUCCGAGAAAAGGCGGCCCCACCGGACCUCCUGGGUCCACUUCCGGGAGAUGGACGCCAUGGAGAUGGGGACGCCCAGCGGGGGAACUGGGAGCGGCGGAGGCCCCACCUCUGCCGCGAAGGGGGCGGCGCCGCCGCCGCCGCCGUUCCCGGAGAAUUUCUCCGGCGAGGAGGACAAUGACCGCGAUGGGAGUGACGAGGAAGAAGAAGAUGAUGAUGAUGAUGACGACGAUGGCGAGAGGAACGGCGGCGUGAUGUCCAUAUUGGCUAAUGGUGGAAAGCCCAUCGAUGAUCUGAGAUUCCAGGUCCCGAAGGUUGUGAGGACGAAGGCCGACCACUGGGGGAACCCUAAAUCCCACAACGCCGGAGGGAGCAACGGAUGCUUCAAGGGGUUUCCCGGCGUGCCGGAGAGGAAGGCAGCGCCUUUAGCUGCGGCGGCGGUGGUGCGGAAGAGGGUGGAGGAGAGACGCAGGAAGGAGAGGGAACCGGCUGCGCUGGAGGAGGUGGCGGCGGCGGUGAGGAUCCUGGGGGAUGGGUUCUUGAGGGCGGAGGAGAUGAAGAUGGAGAUGGCCAGGGAGAUGGAGAAGCUGAGGAUGGAUAUGGAGCUGAAGCGGACUGAGCUGGUCCUCGAGAGUCAGCGCUGGAUUGUUGACGCCUUCGUCAAAGGGAUUUGGCAUGGAAAGAAGAAGAGGGCCAGGGUCUCCCCAGAUUCUCACUAG